AGUUGCUUCUCCAACAACAAAGAGAUAAUAUCGAAACUGCACACGAGAACAAUUACUUCGCGAAUCGUGAAUUAGGCAGGCAUCGCGUAGCGACUCCCACGUGUCUCUAGUUGUGGCGCGUCGCGGGGGGCCGCGGUUUCCACGACCCUGGGGAGCGUCGCGACGCCUCGUGUACGUUUCAGUGCGAGGGUGCCGUUCACCAAGAGUGCGCCGCCGGAGCGAGUCUCGUUCUGCCACUUCUCGCUCGUCCUUUCUCUCUAUCUCUUCUUCGCGCAAAGAUCGCGCUUUCACCUGAGUCAACGUUGCGAGUGCACGUCUUCAGAACGCACCUUGUACGCACCCUCGAUCCAUCGCACAGGCAUUGCGCCAUCGACCUGGCAUCGCACGGCAUCGCAUGUCUGGAUCAAGCACAAGUCCGGACGAGAUAAUAACCUUCGUGGAGGGACCUUGACGUAUCACUGUCGCGGCACACAUCGCGUUACACAGUGAAUAUUUCAAUACAGAGUAUCGAUCUACCGCGUGUAAAACACGUGUGUGUCGUGAGUGUCUCUGUGCUCUGCUCUCAAAUCUCCCGUCGUGUUCUCGUAGAAAAAGCCUUCCUCUUUCAUCCCGCGCAAUGUAUAUCGGUGUACCAUUAUACGCGCUGUCAUCCUGUCACCCCGUGAAUCCACCUGUCGCGAUAGAGUGCGUGGGUCCGUGUCGCGCGUGUGAAUAUUUCAACGUGCUAUCGAUCUACCGCGCGGAACACGUGUUCCGUGAGUACACACGCGAUACCGAUCAUCCUUUAUCAUUUCACUAUUUCAGUUAUCAAUGUUACCUUGAAUUUUUCGCGCGGUACUAAUCGAACGUUAACAAAAUUGCAAGAUCGCAAUUAGCAUACGGUACUAACUUGUCGAAUCGCAAGAUAAAAAUAUACCUUUGCUUUAAAGUUUGAAAUUUUCGAACUAAGGCUCUCUCGCAUAAAAAUAUCAUCCGCUUACGCGACGUUCCACUGGUACUCAGGAGUACGAAAUCAGGAGUACGAUUCAAAUGUCACGAUGUGACCGAUAAGCCAUUCGUUUGCGUCACCGCAGAGACGCCCGAAUCCGAACUUCGCCGUCAAUCGCGUGUAGUGUGAAUAUUACAAUACGAAAUCGAUCGACUGCACGAAACACAUGUUUCAUAAAUGCUUCUAUACUCCCUAUCGUGACUUUGUUUUUCUUUUCGCUUGUCCCCGACAAAUCAAGUAAACGUAAAAUUCAAUGCCAGUGAAUAUAUCCGAUACGAAUGAUAUCAUUUGCUUUUACACAGCGAAACGAAUUACAUCAGCUACGUGAGUGCUUUAGAACUACACGGCAGCAGGAAGUCGGUAAAAGUUAAGUGCACCGACCAUUCGUUGCCGGGGUUCACUGUCAGUGCCAUCGCACGAGCGGUUUAAAACCCCGACCCCAAUGUCGUCCGACAUUCCACCACGUCGGUUUCUUCUGUGCUCGAACGCGACAUCAUAUGCCCAAGUUGGCAUUUGUAACGUGUCAAGAUCGUUAUACUCGUAGUACAUUUCGCCAUGAGUUAAACGAGAGUAUCGACGUGUCCGGAAUCGUGCGAAAAAAAAGGAAAAGAGAAAGCUCUUGUCGAAGAAACCGCAAAGUCUAACAUGAAAUCGUUUAACGAGAUUUAGGAAAGGGCUAAAAAAAAAAACAUUAAAUACCCUCGUAUCCCUUUGUGAUCGUCGCGCACCGCCACCACCACCACUGCCUCUCUUCCACGCGCAUCCUCGAGCACCCGUCAAAUCGACCAAGCGUAUUGAAUGGUCGAGUAAAAGUAAAGCCGAAACAAAAAUACACAUACACACCACGAGAAAUACGCCGACAGCGAACCAAGAAGUCAGUCAUGAAUCUUAUGUUCCGCAAGAACUUCGGGGAGAAGGGAUUCGGUGGUGGCGGACUAACAAGUGGAGGAGGACUAGGGGAAGUCCGGCCCGCCCUAAGCACCACCAUUUACGGGACCAGCGGGGCCUCGUUCGGCCAGAUAGGGACGCGUUUCGGCGCGACGCGCGGCGGUCAGUCAGUGGUCAGCGGCGUGCGUGGACCCGUACGACGCAGCCGGGAAUUCGGAUACUUUCCAUCGAUGGGCGAUCACGAGCACCAGGGACACGGUUUUCGUACUCACUUGUUCCUGUCGCCACCCGCAGGUGGAACGCUCGGCUCGCCGCCCGAGGAGUCGGGCGAGCGACUGGGCCCACCGCCGCGUCGCAACUCAGGCUCCCAUGUGAUUAAAUGGGGCGGCGGCGGGCCCACGCAAAGCGGCCAGACCGGCAAUCAGGUUAGGAAGAAGCAAAAUCAAAUCGGUCAGCAGAAGGAACCUUCCGACCCACCAACCCCGACUGCAUCCAGGCAGCAGGUAUCCUUCAGCGGAAAUCGUGGUUCCGGUACCUACACACCUCUCGUGGUUUCCGGAAACAGCCCGCCACGAGGCGAACCAGUCUCCUUGGCCACUUUGGACCGCGACUGCUUUAUUAUACCUCUCGCGUCUCUCGAACGCUUUUUACCAGCUGGUGUACCACACGCUCCUGUCGCUGAUAAAAAGAGACCGGGAAGUCCUCUGUCGGUUCUCGAGGUCGAGGACCCGAAGCAAUGUAUUCUCGCGCAUUUCAUGACGCCACUGGAGCCUCUGGACCCGCUAAUGGAGUCUCCAGUGUCUCGUCCGUUGGUCCUACAACGCGACACCGCCGCGGAACUAGUCGCCGAGAUAGCACCCUCCGCGUCGCAAAGCAUUUUACUUACGAAUAUGGAGAGGAACACGGAUUUCCCAUUCAUCACGUAUUAUCUGAUAAACAAGCAGAACACGGACCCCGUAGAUUUUUACAACGAAGUGCAAUGCGCGGCCCUACGUAAGUUCGAUCCCCGAGAUCUCAGAUACGCGGCCAGUCACACGUUAGAUCUGUUCAACGAGGUAGCGACCAUCGCGAGACCGCCGCUCGAACCACCCGGUGGAAGACCGCCUAUUCCGUCCACCGGCUACAUAGUGUCGAUUUUUAAAGUUUUCGAGGGCGACGACGGUCUUAAAUUCGAACAAAACUGGCUCUUUUGGACAGGUGCGCGAAUGAUGUAUCGAUACCUGCCGAAAUCGGUGGGCCUCAGACGUAUUACCUUGCACAAAUCGAUGUCGCAGGGCGAUAAAAUGUAUCUGUUGAUCUGCGAAUGCUCGCAGCUGCAAGACAAUCUAUCCGCUGCAGCAAUACUUCUACCGGCACUUCGUGCACGCCUAUGCGGAUACAUCGGGCUUUACAGACCCUCCGUGUGCUUCUGAUUCCUCACCCGGCUGGUAGAGUCUGCGGGGAGCAUCCUUUCGAAUUGCAUUACGUAUAACUCUGCAGAAAAAUCCGAGCGAAACGGAACAUAACUAAUGCCAUAAUGGGAGACAAAAUGCGAUACUGAUUUGCAGGAACCGAAGAAUAUAUCGUCGCAAACGCCGUUAACGAACGAGGCACUGUGAUUUCUUAUCUACCUAUUAUAAGGGGCGCAACUUCGUAUACGCUUUAGACGAGUCUCGUCGAUGAUCGACGAAACGGCUUGCAUGCUCGAUUAGAUAUGCAACUGGACCUAUUUGUAUUUUUCGACUUUACUAUCUCGUUCAUUACGCAAGCGAGCAUUGCCUAAAUAGGGUCACCGAACGAAACGGAACUGAAAUGUAUACAGAACGAAUAGCAAUAAAAAUUGAUAGGCUACAAAAAGUACUAUGUAACAUAUACAUAAUAUAAAAUAAUAUAAAACGGGUGUUCAAUCCAUCUCGUACAGAUGGAAGCGGUAAGGAUCCUCGAUAUUUAAUUUCCUGGGAGAUGGGAAUAUAUGGGAACAUUCCAUGCGCCGACAUGGAAGAGAUAUGUGUUGCUGAUUAGAGAUGUUUGGUUAUCCUAUGGGCAUCGCAAUAUACACAAGCAUAACGAUAUACGCAAAACAUACUUUUAUUACUAUUGAUAACUAUCGAAUAAUCGCUAAUUACAUAUCAUACUCGAUAAACUGUGAUAUUUGAACCAGCGGCGUAUAUAUCACAAUGGGAAACUCCUCUUGAAACCUCUAUUCUUGAAAAAAAUGCUACUCUCGAAAUCAAUUUAGGUGACUUAGGCACAAGGUAGUGGAACUUCGAAGGCCAACGUGGUAGAAUCCUUUCGCGUAACUUCCAGUCUUUUAUCGAUUAUCUUCAGAUUUGAUAUUAUAUAUCCGUAUUUACACGGAUUUUAUGCUCGCGAAAUUCGAUCGUGGAUAAAUUACAUACCUAGAAAUUUCAACAGAAUAUAUUUUAUUUCCAACUAUAUAUUAUACUCGCUCUCUCCCGCUCUUUUUCCAUUUCCUAAAACAAAACAAUUUGUUAUAAAUCUUAUUUCGCAAAUGGUAAUUUUAUCGUCUCUGAAAAAAUAGACAAAUAAAGUAUAAAAUAUAUGCAAGUAUAUUUACUAUUUAUAUUUUAUAUAACUUAAUAAUCGUUUUCUUGGUAUCUUCAUUAUUUUUUUUUACAAGAGUGUUAGCUAGAAAUACAUGUAAUCAUAAUUUAUUUGAAUUCAUAACUCUAUUUAACGUAAUAAAUUCAUAAAUUUGAGUUUUAUUCACAUAUAAUCUAAAAAUUCUUUCCAUAUAUAUGGGAGAGAGAUGAGAAUAGAACGGCAUGCGCGGGAAAAGCUUGCAAGUCCCAUUUUUAGGUGCCUAUAACCAUUUUAGAGAGUGAAAGAGUAGCGUGAGUUGGCAUUGUAGUACAAAAAAAAAUUGUAUAGCCAAUAUACGCUUGUUGCAUACAGACAAUAGAUAGGACGAUUACGCAGGCGUGAUCGUCAUCGGUAGAUUUGUAAUAAAAUAUCAAAUAUACCUAUACGUAACGGCGUACCUUAUCAUACGCCCGAAUUGUAUACUCGCUGAACACAAAGUGGAACAAAAUGCUCUUAAUUUAAUAACAAAGAAAAGAAGAAACUUAGAAAAUUUCGCAAUUUUACUGUGAUCAUACGCGUAUCAUGUUCGAUACACGCAUCUGUGUGUGCGAUUCAGCGCGACAAACAAGCGCAAUACUGUAUUUAAAUAUAAAAUAUGAUAAAUGCCACAAUUAGCCAAUAUUGUCCAGUCUAUGAUAUGUACAACAUCAGAAAGGUAAACAGUGAUUAUAAUUAAAAUGUGUCAAUAAAAUAUUUAGCUAUUGCAUUCUUUUUUCUCUCAUUAUACAGCUGUACUGAAAUAUAUUUUGAUUAUACAUGGAAUUUUGCAUAUGUAUAGGGAAAUUUCAAUGUGAUAUUAUUUUAAAGAAGACUGGACACUACAUCAACCCUUUCAGUAACAAAUUAAAUACAAGAGAUUUAAAUUUAUUUAAUCAUAAAAAUACUUUUCUUUUUCUGCCAUUUUUUAUUAAUUAUAUAUGCAGUUUUACUGUUUUCCAUCACAAAACUGAAAGAAAAUUAAUACGGAAUAUUUAUAAAAUUAAUAAAAAUUUAUGUUUGAUUUGUGGUACUGAAAGAGAGUACUAAAAGGGUUAAUAUACGAUCGCUUUUGUUCCUCGAGAAAAGAAACCUUUGCCUAUAAAAAAACCUUUGCUCUACAUAGAGGAUUAUACCUCUUUAAAGUAACAAUCGUACAAAGCAUCAUAUUUCUCCAGUUAAACCUGCAGCAGAUCAUUUCACAAGAGAAUAAGAAUUUCUUUGGAUAUUGAACCAGGAUAUGUACAAGUAAAUGUGAUGAAUUUGUAUGAUACGUUGUUACUUCGCAAGUAUAAUAGAUUUAUUAAAUCGUGUACAACGAAUAACAAUAAAUUACUUCUAACAUUAAA